AUGGAUAGUGGGAUGGAUUGUCCCCUAGCGCAAGUCUUCAAACAGCGCCGAGUACACAAGGAAAAGGAGGUCACUGUCCUUUCACAAGGGGCCGAUGGUGAGGUGAUUGGCAAUAGGGAAGGUAGGAUGCAUCUUAACCAAGGGGUCUCUGAGGCUGCGCUGUCGGAUAUGGGCCAAUUACAGCUUUCCCAGCCCCCUCAUACUGCUCCUAGGUGCUUGGACAAGGGCAAAACAGUGUUGGGGGACGAUAGCAUUGUGGCUUCUCCUACCUUGGGGCCGCCAACCUCAUUCUGCAAAGGUAGUGCACAACGUGGAUUUCAGCUGGGCCGUGCCAGGCCUCGGGGGAGUUCUGUGAUGACUGAUAAAGCUUCUGGUGCCAAGCGCACACCCGUGAUGGGUCCCGGGGGUCGGGCCCAUCACGAGAAAUGA